AUGAAUAACAUCAUUAUGUCGAGUAAUGGAACCACUUACGCCUUGAAAGCCUAAUUGGGUAGUGGCUCCUUUGGAACAGUCUACCAGGUCUUGGAUUUGAGCUCAAACAAGUAUUUCGCCUGCAAAAUUAUUUCAAAAGCAAUGUUAAAUAAAUAUAAUGCAGAAUCAAUGGUCAGACAAGAGAUUAAAAUACAAUCAACAUUAAAUCACAAAAACAUACUCAAAGUACAUCAUUCAUUCGAAAACAAUCAAAAUAUUUAUAUCAUUUCCGAAUACUGUUCGAGAGGUUCCUUACAAAUUCCAAAGACUCCCUAUGAAGAGAAAGAAGUCUUUAACGUUUGUAUUUCCAUGUUAGGAGCCUUAGACUGUUUACAUCAGAAUAAAAUAAUCCAUCGAGAUUUGAAAUUAGAGAAUGUGUUUCUGCACGAAGAUGGCACUUAUAAAUUGGGUGACUUUGGUUGGGCCACUUACAUAAAUAAAGUCGAACCCAUUCUUUGUGGAACUACUGAAUAUAUGCCUCCAGAGGUUGUGUUGAAAUAAUAACAUGAUUAUAAAGUAGAUUGCUAUUCCCUUGGAGCAUUAAUCUAUAUUUUACUUCAUACUCAUUUCCCAAUUCAAGCCAAUUCUUAAACAGAGUUAAUAAGGAAGAUAACCAAUUAAGAAAUUGUUGUUAAUAGUCAUAUUAAUGAGGAUUUACAAAUUCUAAUUCAAGCGUUAUUAACCAAAGACCCAAAUGAUAGACCUACUGUUUAAUAAUUAUAUUUAAGUAGAUGGAUUAAAAAAUAGAUGAAGUUAAAUAAUAUUUUCAAUAAGUAUGAAAAUGAGGAACUCAAAAAUAAAUUCAGACACAAGAAUCUUCCAAUCAAAACAUUAGAAGUGAAUGGAUCAGUCAAAACCAGCCUUUCGGACAGUCAAAAAACAUCCUUAACUCAUAGCUCUAGUACUCAGUUCAGCUCAUCAAAUAAUCCUUUCUCACCUGCUACCAAUAAGGGCAAUAUUGAUUAGAUAUUCAACUUUAAGGAUUUUGACAAUAUCAACUCUGUACCACAACCUAAACUUUACUGAUACUAUAAUUUAACUCAAUGAAGUGAUUUGUAAAUAUGUAUAUUUGUAUGUUUUUGUAUUAUAUGAAAUUCCC